AUGAAUCAGUUAUUGCAGCAAGUUGUAAGAACUAAUAAUGCUCCACCUAUUCCACCACCAUCUCUUCAUCCUACUACUCCGCAUCCACAGCCGUCUAUAUCUAGUCAUCGAUCUCCCUUGGAGAAAAUAAGAAAAUAUGGAGUUGAAGAGUUUAAAGGAAAGAAAUAUGAUGACCCAGCUAAAGCUGAAGAGUGGUCAGAGAAUAGUCAAAGGAUAUUUGAAGAAUUACAGUGUACAGGUGAUGAAAAGUUAAAAUAUGCAGUAUCUUUAUUAAAGGGCGAGGCUUACCAAUGGUGGACCACUGUCAUGAAUAUUCAUCCUACAGAUAAAAUUAAUUGGAAUUUCUUUGUGUCCGAAUUUAGAAAGAAAUGUGUGAAUCAACUUUAUCUUGAAAAGAAGAAAAUAGAAUUUCUGGAUUUAAAGCAGAACAACAUGUCUGUUGCUGAACACGAACGUGAAUUUAUCAGAUUGAGUAAAUAUGCCAAGGAAUUAAUAACAAAUGAAGUAGAUAUGUGCAGGAGAUUUGAAUAG